AUGGUAACGCGUAUAGAACAUCUGUCUGAUGAACUAAUCUUGGAAAUAUUUGAAUAUUUAAAGCCACAUAUAUUGUUUGAUACUUUUUAUAACUUGAACAAACGUUUCAAUUCAAUAUUAAAUGAUGUUCAUUUAUCUAUUGAUUUAAAAUAUAAAAUGUCAAAAACUUUGUUUGAUCAAUAUUGUCAUAAAAUACUGAACCAUAAACAACGACGUCAACAAAUAUUUUAUCUCAAAUUAUCGAAUACGCGUACAUUUGGUCAAAUUGGAUUAUUUAUAAAAAAUUGUUGUAUAGAAUCUUUUAUUAAUUUACGAUCGCUAAUCAUUAAUAACGUGUCAUUGGCUGAUUUGAAAGUAAUUGCAUCGAAAUUAAAAUAUUUACAAUAUUUAUAUUAUGUCAAAGUUAAACGGGCUGAACCAGGUAACCCUUUAGAAGAGGAAGAACAUUAUAUUUAUAAUACAAUAUGCGCACAUAAAUCAUUAAAAAUAUGUUCAUUAUUAGACUUCGGUGAUCUGCUUGGACGCAUUCAUCAUGAUAUGACAUCAACUUUGGAAUAUGUAUCAGUUGAUGUGCAUGAUAAACAUGAUUUAGUCAAUUUAAUCUAUUCAUUUCCAAAAAUCAAACGAUUAGUAGUUUCAUGUGAAUCUACGUCAUCUAGUAGUCUUGUUCUUCGACAUCCAUCGAUUCCAUUUGGUCCUAGUCUGAGAUAUUUUCAUUUAACUGAAACAGAUAUUCUUUUUGAAGAGGUUGAGUUAUUACUAAAAAGUUUUUAUCAAAUACAACAAUUUUCUUUCUCCAGUGGAAAUAGUGACUUUUGUAAUGGCUCUCGUUGGCAAAAUCUUUUGUCAAGUAUGCCG